AUGUCAAAAUCAAAUAUUAAUAAUGCUAUGCGAGAAAUUUUAAUUUCGGAAGUACAAACCAGACCAUCUUUAUGGGAUGAUACUCACCCUGAGUACAAAAAUGUAGAAAAAAACAAAAAAUUGUGGUGUGAAAUUGGAAAAUUAGUUGGAAUACCCGGGAGCGAUGCAAAAAUAAAAUGGAAAAACACAAAGGAUACGUUUAGAAAAGAACUACAAAAAGAACCAAUUAGACGUUCAGGUGAUAGCGGGAUUGAAUAUAAAUCUAAAUGGCCAUUUUUUCAAAUGAUGAUGUUUGUAAAGGAUUCUUUACUUCCUAGUUCUAUGUCCGGAAAUUUAAAUGUUGGAGAACCAGAUUCAUUUGCAUUACAUGAAGCUACUGAUGAAGCCAACGAAAGUGACCUUGACGUAACGGGUACAUCAUUUACUGAUGUGACAUCUCCGUCUACAUCUACGUCACAUUUAACCGAUAUUAAUCCCAAGGUUACUUCAAAAAUGAAAAGAAAGAAAAAAAAUAGUGAAGCAGAUGAUACUCAUAGACUUCUAGAACUAGAAGAAAAAAAAAUUGCCAUUCUGCAACAAGCACAAGAGACAGAAAAUAAAAAAAAUGAGGACCCAGACGCUCAAUUUCUUCUCAGUAUCCUACCAUACAUAAAAGAAUUUGAUCCUUUAGAAAAACUCGAAAUCAGAAGUCAAAUUCAAAAUGUAGUUCUAAACGCUUAUAGAAAAAAAAAAAAUACAUUGGGUAACCGCUCACAGCUUGAGUCUAUUCAAGACAUUCAGACCGACCUUCUGAACCAGCCAAGCGUAAAAAAAAUGUACCGUCCAUAUCAGGAAAGUAGUCUUAAUUCUACUCUAGGACAAUCCCAGUGGAGUAUGUCUGAUAACGUUGAUAAUAUGCCAAGAAUUGCAGGUAUGCAACAGGCUAGUGAUGUUCUAUUGGGAAAUAAUCAAUUCAACCAAGAUUUUUUUAAUCUUAAUCAGCAGACGUUUUAA